UUGGAGAAUCCAGAGGGCCCUAUCCCGAUGUCACAAGCCGACAACCAGCUCAUGCGUCCCGAGCUUGUCAAGUUCUUCAAUGCUCCUGGACGACUCGGUCUGAAACCUGAGGACCUCACAUAUGCCGAUCAGGGAAUGUGCAGCAAGAGAUUGCUGUUAGCCAUCUGCAACAUAGUCAAUACGAUUCCCGAUGGAUUUUUCUUUGAAGACGACAAGAGGCAGCACUGGCCAAAGCCAAUUACGGAGGUUAGACCCGAGCAUUUAGUCGUAGGAAAUGGCGUGACGGGGAUUCUGGAUGCUGUCUUCUGGGCUCUUCUCGAUGACGGCGAGGGCCUUUUACUCUCGCAGCCCCACUACGACGCAUUUAUCAGGAACACGAUCACGAGAGACAGAGCCAAGCUGGUUGUUGUCCAGCCUCCGGUUCCUGUGGCUUCCGCAAAAGAGCCAAAGGAGCACGUUGCCCCCGAAACCGUCAAGUACUAUGCGGAUGCGCUCAAUAAGGCAGAGAAGGAAGGAACCCAAGUCAGAAGCCUCCUCGUCUGCAACCCUCACAACCCUUCGGGCGCUAUCUAUCCUAGGGAGACCAUUGUUGCCCUCGCCAACUUUGCAGCAGACCACAAUCUGCAUCUUGUCGUGGAUGAAAUCUACUCGAGAUCUGUCUUUCGCACAGAAGACGUCCCUGAUCCGACACCCUUUUACUCCAUCCUGGGCAUCGAUGUAGAGAAGGAAGCUGGCCUUCAUCCGAGCCGCGUUCACGUCAUCUCGGGCGCCAGCAAAGACUUCAGCAUCAAUGGCUUCCGCCUCGGUUACGUCAUCUCACAGCACAAUCCCGAUCUCUGUCGCGCUCUCCUCUCCACGGCUCUCCUGGCUCAGACUGCGUCGCCGUCAGCCAAUCUCUUUGCUGCAUUGCUCGACGACGUUGAAUUCCGGCAUCGCUACAUGGCUGAGAACCGUCGCAGGGUCGCGGCCUCCUACAACUACCUCUCGGCAUUUCUUCGAAGACACAGCGUGCCAUAUGUCCCCAGCAACGCCGGCUUCUGCCUUCUCAUCGACUUGCGCCGGCAUCUCGAUGUGAUCCCCGGCGAGGACGAGGCUGCGGCCAGAGAAUCGGAAAUGAGGCUUCUCGACCGCCUGCGGCAGCAAGGAGUCAUGCUGGCCCCGGGGACGAGCUACCUGCACCCCGUCCCAGGCUUCUUCCGGAUGACUUACACCUUGGCUCCAGAGGCGCUCACAUUGGGCUUGAGUAGGCUCGAGCGC